CGUUUCGUGCAGCGCUUGCCUGCAACAUUAAUUUUGCCUCCUUGGUCGCGGUCGUCCUCCCCAAAUCGACACACUGCAAGGACGCCCAUUUCUGAGAGACCGAAAGCGCGUGCUUUUUCCAGUUUUUGGACUAAAUUCCACAAGAACAUACCCAACGAAUGAGCACAUUUGUUCUGUGCAGCGGCAGGGAGUGAUUUAGCGCAAAGAGCCGGCCCUCGAGCAGCCAAUUAGCGGCGAAUCGACCUCAGUAAUAAUGGCAGACGAAGCAGAUUUAGCAAAGAACUCGACAUUGUCAGCUGACGCCCAGGAGUUUUUUCCUCGAGGCUACUCAACAAUGGCAGCACCGAUCUCAGUUCCUCAGGCGGAAUCGUUCUUGUUGCAAUAUUUUGAUGUUUGGCCGGAUGAGCUGCAUGCAAUGCAGCAGCCGAUUGGGUUCGAAGCUGCCCCGAUGCUGGCCGCCGGCGCGGCCGGCUUCCCAGCGCCCGUGCUCGUGCCGUGGGCCAACGGUUCUGCUGACCCUGCAGACUACCACUGCACAAUGCAGCCUAUGUACAUGGGGGGCGAGGAGCAGAGGUUCAUGAUGGUGGUGCCCCCUGCCAGCUACGUGCCGGCUGCUGCCGCUGCUAUCCCCCAAAGGCCGAUGGCCGCCUCCUCUAACUCUUCUUCUCACUGGUUGUCCAAGUCGAGCCCGACUGAGUUGCUGCGCUCCGCCAUGAAUGAACUGACCAACAACCCUGGCGAAUUCGACAACCUUGUGAUGCCCCUCGGAGACACAUUCUGUCAGUGGUUGACAGAGCCCGAAGUGAUCAACUCGGCGAUAGGUCUCAUCAUCGAGCAUUCCAUCAUGGAACCUAACUUCAGGUACAACGGCGCCCGCCUUUGCAACCUGCUCAACAACCUCGACAACACGGAAGAUGGCUCCGCGUUCAGAAACAUUCUUUUGGAAAGAUGCCACCAGGAAAACGAGCAAGUUAAAGAAUUGAUCGAAGCAGACCCAAAGAGGCUACACUCGUUCACGCUCUUUUUGGCCGAGCUGUUUAUCCAGCUUGAAACGAAAAAGGGAACCGGUGCCAAGAUUUCGGUACUUGGUCAGGAAUUAUAUGAAGAUCUCAAACUUCUGCUUUCCAGUCCGAACGAUGAUAACGUCAAAUGCGCCUGUCAGGUGCUCAAGCUUGCAGGAAUGCAUCUGGAGCAGGAGGUGGACUCAGCCUCCAUGGACCAGUUGGAGGAUUUGCUCACCGCGGCUCAGUCAUGUCCAAACUUGAAGCCCAACAUGGCAACCCUGGCCAAGAGCGUGGUCAACCUGAGACACCAGACCUGGGGUCGAUCACCACCUUCACCUGUUCAAUCGCAGUGGAGCAGUGGUGACGGAGCUUCUCACCAGUCCAACCACUUCACUAAUGAGCCUGUCUAUUACGGACCUGAUGGCCAAAUACUGACUGCUGAAGAGAGCAGAUUCCUCCAAGACGGCCUCAACGCUGGAAACAAAGGAGGAGAUGAGGACGAAGGAAUGGACGAAGAGCUGCAAGAUGCUUAUGAGCAAUUCUUGCAGAUGGCUCCAAACUCUAAACAAUAAAUUUAAGCCAGGCAGUUUUGAGAUGAACUUUGUUAAGAAUGUGGUGUGUACUUGGGUAUUUAUAUAGGUCUCUUUCGGCGAGGCAAACUCAAGAGUUGUCACUGUAUAUUUUGGAAUAAUAGAGAAUCAAUGUUCACCUGAACCGUCAUCAAGCUUCAUUUUAAGUGGAUUACGUUGAAUGUUCUAUACUUUAAUCAAGAGCAGAGUGGUUGACACUUAACUAUUUUUAAUCUGAAUAAGUAGGUGCUUUUACUCAAAAAUAUGCUUACCGUCUGUGUGGGCCUUUCUUUGUGUUUCAAGCACAUCUUGUUUUCAUUUCUCCUUGCCCAUCUUGUAAUUUUAAGAAGGUGAAAUACUAAUUAAAACUCAGUGCAGAGGACGUUUGUCACACAAAAAUGGGGGAUUCAUCUGCAUGAUUUUUGUUUUGGGAGUAACUUUUUAAUUUUCAUUUCCAUGUCAGCACCUAUGAGUAUGCUUACUUUUAUUGAUUCUCAGUGAGUCAGUCUAAGCAAUUGGAGACUUGUACUUUGCCUAACAUCAUGUAUAUUUUUACAAAUAAGAUUUAUUCAAUGCAUUACUUAUGCCAUCAUAUGUAAAUACAAAGUCAUUAUAGGCAUUUGAAACACUGUUUAAUUUGAUGAAUGAAUGAUCAGAAAGGAACUUUAUGAACAAUAAACAUAAUACUGCA